GCCCUUUUAAAAGAUGUUUUUAUUUGGGCGGAGGAGGAGAGAGGAGGUAGAGAGAGGGAGAGUGGGGAGUCCCAGGUUGGGCUGGAUCUCUCAGUCCUGAGCUGAAGUCCAGAGUCUACCGCUUGACCAACCGCGCCCCCAGGCGCCCCCAGUCCAUCUUCUCAGGGAGGCCAUCCUCCACCUGGUCUCUGGACACUGACCUCCAAGCCGCGUCUUUACUAGACCAUCGUCCUGUGCCUGGAGUCCAUACUCCCGCUGCGGCCCCCAGCCCGGCCUCACCACAUCCAAGUGCAAACCCCUCGUCCCAUUCCUCUCCGCUGUCCGGUCUCCCAAGCCUGCACCCUGGUGACCCUGUGCCCAAGGCCUCGUGCCCACAGAGAGGUCCUUGUGUUCUCUGUUUCCCUCCCAGGUUCCUAACCCCCAUUUGGCUCCUGGCCUGUCCCCCACAGAGUGGCUGGUCUCAACCCUCACGCAAGCUUGGUCUCGUGUGGGUGGUGCUGCCCUUGCCCCAGGAUGAGCCCCCAGCACCGUACGCACACACUGGGGGCUGGGACAGGAGCCUGACCUUGUCCUGAGGACAGGGCUGGACCACAGAAGGUUUGUAAAGUGCUAGCUACUGGUUUUAGAGAAGUUACAUGUGCACGACACAUUAAUCGUGGUUCUGGAUUAGGCCUAGUGGGCUGCGGCUCUGCCAUUUAAACAGAAAUGGAAUGUGCUGGAAGGAGGUUUGGGCUGGGAAAGAGGCAGAAGAGGGAGGGAGUGGACGAGUCUGAGCAGGAUGUCCCGUCUGUCCCUGGAAGCCAGGGCAGGCUCUACCCUCCACUCGGCAGUUCCGCCAAGAACCAUCUCCUCCUGCGCCCCUGGCUGGCUCUCAGUCCCAGGAGAAGCCGUCCACGCUCACAACACGCUCGCCCUGUCGGCGAGGGAGAGACAGACGUUUGUCCCCAGGCCCCUGUUCCAGUUUCUGUAGAACCACGUCGGCGCGGAUGGUGUCUGUUCAGCUGCCGCAUUCAGGCCGUGGGCACCCGGAGGGUGAGGAUGCGCCACCCCCGCCCCCACCGCCGUAGCCGCGUGGCCCGUGAGCUCUGGGAACAAGUCUGUGUCCAUCUGCUAACCCACCGGGUCUGCACCACACGGGAAGCGGAUGAGCAGGUGCCCCCAGAGGUUGUGGCCCCGCUGCCCACAGGGUCCCCGACGGAGGAGCUGCAAGGUGGUGGCGGCCCGGUUCCGGCUGCAGGUGUGGCGCCACAGGGACCCUGCUGUCAGGGCUUGCCUCCAGCUGUCCUCCCAGGAGGCGGCGGCUGUGGGCUGAGGGGUGGCGGCGACACCAGGGGAGGGAGGAGAGCGUGGCGCGGCUGCUUGCGUCUCGGAGGGCCUCAUGACUUCUGGCUCAUGCGACGGGUUCCAGCUGUGUCUGCCUGGUGCCGGGGUCCCCGCGGGGGGACCGCAGGUCGUGCCGGCUCCUGGGCAGUACGUGCUCUCCUGCCCUGGGGGACCCUGGCCUCCACCAGGCUCUCCUCCACACCGAGACCAGCGUCCUGCCAUGGAAGGCACAGCCGCACCUCUGCCGGGGAAGGGGGGCUUGCCAGCGGCUCUGCGGGGCCCCCUUCUCCCCACAGAUGCCUGCAGCUUGCCGGACCCUGCGGAUGCCUCAGCCACAGCCUCCGGGCACUGCUGGGACCGUUAGCCUGCUGGGCCUCCCAGGACCCGGGGUGGGCGGUGUUCCCAGCCUCGCGACGCUGCUCCAAAGUCCUGGUGGGCUUGCCUGCGGCCACGGGGCCACUGUCCUGAUGCAAGGUCGUACGAGGCACAACCACUUAUCUUUUACCUCCUGACGUCCGGGCAGGUCCCAAGUCUGUGCACCAUGAAAGUGUCCCCAGCAGGUGGUUUUGUCUCCGUCCAUCGGGAAGAUGGGGGGUCAGCGCACCGCCAGAACGGUCUUGUUUCCUCUGUCAGUCCCCGUGUCGGUCCCCACGGCCUCUGUAACCGCCGUGCACUGGUCAGUCAGAAGCACUGCAGACUGGUCGUCUUGCUGUUCCGUGAGUUAGACGACCAACACGGGCCGCAGUGGCUUACGGGUGCCGCCCUGGCGACUGUGACCCUUUCUUAGGCUCUCAAGGGAAAUCCGUGUCCUUGUCCUUCACCUUCUGGAGGUGCCCGUGUCAUGGCCUCUCGCCGCCUUCCAGGUCAGCGGUGUCGUGUCUGUCUGACCUCUGUCCAGGUCGCAGCCCCAGUGGGCUCUUCCUUCUCUCUCCCACGUUCAGGGACCUGUGUGAUUCGGGGGGCUCUGGCGCAUAGCCCGUUCCCUCCUGCAUGUGACACAGCUCGUGCCCAGGCUCCGGGGAACACGACGUGGACAUCUUUGGGGGGACCCUUGUUCUGCCUCGUGUGGCCCCAUGAGCCAUAGUCUUCCAGGAACGCCGAGUAUGGCGGCAGUCCUGAGGAAGGCAGUGAACGUGGAGCUAUCCUGGCCAGAUCGGGGGGCGGGGAGCUCCGGACCCUCCCAGUGAGGGAUGUUGAGAGGAAGGCGUUUGCCAGACCCGCUGUUCCACACCGGAGUGCCAGAGGCUGGGUUGUUCUGCUCCUGCACGGUCCCUCUGACCGGUUCUGCCACUGUCCAAGUUCAGUGUCGUCUGCCAUCUUCCAUUACUCAUUUGUCUUCUGCGAAGGCUAGACCAGCGGGUUCAACAGAGGCCUGAUGGGAACCUGUGCACCUGCUUUCCUCAAACCUGUCUGUCUGGGUUUUUUUUUUUUUCUUCAAUUAAGGCUUUAUUUGUUUUUUACGAUUUUAUUUACUAACACAGAAAGAGAGAGACAACAAAAGCAGGGAGACGGAGGGAGAUGUA